GUAGGGAGAGAUGAAUUAUGGACCACUAUUUCCAACUUUUUGUUUUCAAUUUUCCGAUUUAAUUAGUUAUCCAAUUGGUGCAUAAAUUAAUGUGUUGGUACUAGUAUAUAAAUAGCAUCCAUUUGUUGUCCAGUCCAAAAUUAUCAAUCCCUUAAGAAAUGGGAAAGUAUGAGUUGUUUAUGGUGAUAUUGUUGUUGGAUAUAAUAGUGAGUGGAUGGAGAUUUGAUGGAGGGGGAGGAUAUGGAUUAGUUGAUGGUCUGAGAAUGGAUUAUUACUACAUGAUGAAUUGUCCAUUUGCAGAGGGAAUAGUGAAGAACACUGUGAAUAGGCAUUUGCAAACUGAUCCUACUCUUGCUGCUGCCCUUAUUAGGAUGCACUUCCACGAUUGCUUCAUCCAGGGAUGUGAUGCAUCUGUGUUGAUUGAUUCAACAAAGGGUAACACAGCGGAAAAGGAUUCGCCAGCAAAUUUGAGCUUGAGAGGCUAUGAAAUCAUUGAUGAUGUCAAAGAACAGCUCGAAAAUCAAUGCCCUGGUGUUGUCUCUUGUGCUGAUAUUCUUGCCAUGGCUGCAAGGGAUGCUGUCUUCUUUGCUGGAGGUCCAGUGUAUGACAUACCAAAAGGAAGGAAGGAUGGAAGAAGGUCAAAAAUAGAAGACACAAUCAAUCUGCCUUCCCCCACUCUAAAUAGUUCAGAGCUUAUCAAAGUGUUUGGCCAACAUGGCUUCACUGCUCAAGAAAUGGUGGUUCUAUCUGGUGCACAUACGCUAGGAGUGGCGAGAUGCUCAUCAUUCAAGCACAGAUUGAGUAACUUUGACUCAACACAUGAUGUGGAUCCAACUUUGGAUGCCCAAUUUGCAAAGACUCUAUCAAAAACAUGCAGUGGUGGAGACAAGUCUGAGCAGGCCUUUGAUAGCACAAAGGACACUUUUGACAAUGACUACUAUAAUGCUUUGCAAAGGAAGACUGGUGUCCUUUUCUCUGAUCAAACACUUUAUAAUAACCCUAGAACUAGAGGGAUUGUUAAUGCUUAUGCCUUUAAUCAAGCCAUGUUCUUCCUUGAUUUUCAACAAGCUAUGGUUAAAAUGGGUUUACUUGAUGUUAAAGAACGAUCCAGCGGGGAAGUGCGCGCCAAUUGCCGUAUCAUCAAUUAAAAUUAUGCAUAUACAACAACAACAUGUCAGUGUAAUCCCAUAAGUGGGAUCUG